GAGACAGGGAAAGCGAACUUGCGAGGGUGAGAACUUCAUCAUUCGUCUCACCAGCACCACCACCGCCGGGUCAGCGUUUUUAACGGCUCGGCAGAGAGCGAAUGGACAGAGCCAGAGAAGAGCAGGAUAGUCUCACCAACGGUAGCAGACACGUAUACCAUGCCGACGAGUGAUGGCCCUAGCCACUUCCCAGUGUUUGUGGCUCCGCACCACGCCAACCACCAGAGGUCCCCAGGCUAUGUCCCCGGGCGAGUGGCUCCCGUACGCUCGCCACCACCUGCCAAAGCUCCACCACCUCCACCACUAAAGCCUCAUGGCCCACCACCGGAGAGACCAGCCGCUUUCAACCUGUCAGAGGAGCACCAGCGCAGGGAGUGUGCUCAGAGCCUCCAGCAAAGAAAGAACACACUGAUCUGCUUUGGAGUGUCGAUGGGUGCCUUGUUCCUCACGCUUAUCCUUGUCCUUAGUCUCACAAGUGGAGAGGUGUUAGACGAGAACUGUCCGGACCAUAACCCGUCCCUUAGUGGCUGGAACCCAGGCCACCAACCAGACAAGGCUGUUGUUGUCAGGAGGGGACAUUUGUUGAGAUUAGAUUCUUCUGCAACCUUCUACUCACUGACCAUCCAGUCAGGAGGUCGGGUAGUUUUUGCAGACAAUGCUGAUGGCUCCAAAAACAUAACCUUGAUAACACGCCACAUCCUAAUAGAAGAAGGUGGAGCCCUUCACAUUGGUGCUCCCAAAUGUCGCUACCGCUCUCAUGCCACCAUUGCCCUUGUGGGGCGUUCCAAUGACAAGGCAGUUCCUGAGGUCCCUGGCCUGGGCCGUAAGUUUAUUGGCGUUCAGAGUGGUGGAACCCUGGAGCUACAUGGUACCAAGAGAGUUUCCUGGUCUUUGCUGACCCGAAGCAUCCCCGCCUCUGGGCUGGCCACAGCAGGUCAUGCCUUCCAGCGGAACUUCAGCCGAGGCAUCAACCUGCGUGUGGUGGACCAGGACACAGCCAAAUUACUGUUGUCUGAACGCUAUGACACACACGAGUCCCGUAAUGACAGUCGUCGACUGACCCAGUUGCUUCGGUCCCUGCCAGCGGGCCGCAUUGUCACUCUGGCUGUAGGAGACUCUGCCGUCAAAAGUCUUCUAGAUGAAACCAAGAAGACCAUUGAAGAGAAGCUUGGCAGCAGCUUUGUCUAUGAUCUCAAAUACAGGCAGGCGUGGGCUUUGGUGUCUGUGGUAGACGGUGGUAACGCAUCAUGCUCAGAGGACGCCAGGGAACAUGAGAACCACGACACAGGAGGACGAGCUCUGGCGACACGCAACUUCACAACUGUGGAUGGAGUGGGCUUCUCAGUCACAGCCUACAGCGAAUGGAGGAAUGGAUUCCCCAUCUCAGGCUUCCAGGUGGAUGCUGUGGACCAGGUGGUGCUGAACCUUCAGGAUGAAGUGCAGCAGACCUGGAAACCCGGGGAUCGCAUUGUAGUUGCCAGUACAGACUACUCCAUGCACCAGGCUGAAGAGUUCACCCUGCUGCCCUGUCCUCACUGCACCAGCAGGCAGGUCAGGAUACAAGGGAAGCCUCAGUAUAACCAUGUUGGAGAGAUCAUAGAUGGAGUCGACAUGCGUGCUGAAGUGGCUCUGCUCUCCAGAAACAUACUCAUCUAUGGAGAAAUGGAAAACUCCUGCUACGGAAACAACAUGUGCCAGUUCUACAGCCAUGACACCUAUGGAGGCCAUAUCAAGAUCUUUGGUAACUUUUCAUCAGUGCAUCUGUCCCACGUGGAGCUGAAGAACAUGGGUCAGCAGGGAGAGACGGGCCGCUACCCCCUCCACUUUCACAUGUGCGGGGAUGUCGACCAGAAGGGAGGCUACUGGGAGCCCACCUAUGUGGACGGACUCUCCAUACACCACUCCUUCUCCCGCUGUCUCACCAUCCACGCCACCAAUGGUUUGCUGGUGAAGAACACUGUAGGUUAUGACACCUUGGGUCACUGUUUUUUCCUUGAGGAUGGGAUUGAGCAGCGGAACACUUUCUACCACAACCUUGGCCUGCUGACUCGACCUGGGACUCUGCUGCCCACUGACCGCAAUGACACCCUCUGCACCAGCAUUAAGGACAAAGUCUACAAGGGCUACACUCCCUUACCCAGCACAGACUGCAAGGCAGUCUCAACAUUCUGGAUAGCCAACCCUAAUAACAACCUCAUCAGCAACGCAGCUGCUGGUUCUCAGGACGCUGGCAUAUGGUUUGUGUUCCACAGCUCUUCCACUGGAGACUCUCAUGGGCUGGUACCAGAGACCAAGGCAGAGCUCACUCCCCUUGGCAUUUUUUACAACAACCGUGUACACUCCAACUUUAAGGCAGGACUGUUCAUUGAUAAGGGAGUGAAGACCACCAAUGCCAGUGCUGCUGACCCCCGGGAAUACCUGUGUCUAGAUAACAGUGCCAGAUUCAGACCACACCAGAAUGCUGACCCUAGCCGUCCUCGCGUGGCGGCAGUCAUCGACACCCUGAUAUCCUUCAAGAACAACGACUUGGGAGCGUGGAUACGGGGCGGUGACAUCGUCAUCCAGAACUCUGGCUUUGCAGACAAUGGAGUGGGCCUAUCCUUUGCCAGUGAUGGUAGCUACCCGAAGGAUGAAGGCUCCAGCCAGGAGGUGAUACAAUCCCUGUUUGUGGGUGAAAGCCGAAACAGAGGGACCAAUGGAGGACAGAAUAAAUACUGGGGACCAGGAGGGGCUGAUGGAAAGAUGAGGACAUUGCCUAGAAACAGGACAUUUCCAAUCCGAGGUUUCCAGAUCUAUGAUGGUCCAGUGCGGCUUACCCAGAGCACAUUUCGUGGCUUCAUCCCCACCCCAGAGCGUUAUACCAACGCAGUGGGAUUCAACUUGAAGAACACCUGGCAGCUCACCCCACGAAACAACUUGUCCCAGCUCAGCUUCCACUCCAAUGUGGGACUGCGGACGUUCUUUGGUCGCCCUGGACAAUGGUUUGAAGAGAAUGACCUGGACGGUGACAAAAACUCCAUCUUUCAUGAUGUGGAUGGGUCAGUAACCGGCUACAGAGACACCUACGUCGGCAGAGCAGACAAUUACCUGAUCCAACAUCCUGGCUGUGUGAACAUUUCCCGGUGGAGUGGAGUGAUCUGCAGCGGCCGCUACUCUCAGGUGUACAUCCAGACACAGGGAGCCCCCAGCCUCAGUUUAUCCAUCAGCAGAGAUGAAUAUCCUGAUGCUCCUCUGGUGCUGAGGGGGAUUAACAGCCAGGGGGCACUGUCUCAGCAGUACCAGCCCAUCCUGAUGAUGAGCAAGAGCUACACUCUGCACUGGAGUGGCCCUGCGCCCAGAGAGGUUGUCCUCUCUCUCAUCAACUUUGAUAAAGAUGACUGGGUGCUGGUGGGACUCUGUUACCCAUCAGAAACCACAUUUCAGAUCAUGGCCGACAUCAACGAUAGGCAAAGCAACACUUUUGAUGACAUCACAGACUACGGCACUGUGUCAUCCCUUGCAGAGCUGAAGAAGAGACCGAUGGAAAGGAAAUACUUCUUUGACCAACCUGUGGGCUUGUUGUGGCUCUACCUUCGGGCCCGGCAUGGUCGUGAUGGUCACAGCUACUGUUCCGUGAAAGGCUGUGAAAGAGUGAAAGUCAUGGCCACAACGUCCUCCAAACAGACCUGUAACUGUACAGCUAAGGCUUACCCCAAGUACUCCAAGACUCCCUCAGCGGUGAUUCCCAUGCCAGCUCUAAACUCAAACCCCUGCAAAGGAUGUGGUGCUAAACAGCUUGUGUUUUCCAGCGAGCCAUGGACCCUCUACCUCCAGACACAAAUCAAGUCUCUCAGCAGCAAAGAGCAGCAGAGAGGAGAUAACAGCUCUUUUAUAACUGUGAAUGCGGUGACCAUGCCCUUCUCUCAGCCUGGAUAUUUCCUGGUCUCAGUGGAUGCCUGCUCCGGAAAAGUCACCAAGAAAACCUCAUUUUCCAAAAUGGAUGCCAAGAUGGAACAGUACUUAAAAACCGGAAUACCAAAGAAGUCAAUAGUGCUCAUGGCAACUCGAGGUCAGCCAGAAGGCCUGGUUGGUGUAGCACCAUAUCUGAUCUCCUUUGGUAUGGCUAAAGCUGCUAGUCUACACGGUAAAGAGAGUCUGGCACUCUGGGGCUUCCAGGGUGGUUCCUCUCCCCCUUCGUGGGUUUCUCUGUAUACCGGGCAGGGGGAUGACUUCCUGAGGCUGCAGGAGCGCUACUUACCCCUGGGUUUGGAGGCAUACGGCUGUACGCCACCUGCAGCUCAAAAGCGCAAAGACCUGGAGCUACUUAAAAAAGCCACAGGACUUCAGUGACCAAUGUGAAAUGUACAACUUACCUACCCAAAACACUCUUGCACACAGAUACACAAACACACACAACCAGCUGAUGAAUGUGAACUGCUGAACCUUUAAUUUAUUAACAAAAGCCAAGAUGUUUACCAAUAUCAAAUGGAGAGAAGGUAUUUUAUUAUGGACGGGGGAGUAUUUUUGUGAUUUUGUUUGUGUGUGUGUGCGUGCGUGUGUGUGUAAGUAUGCCUUGGGGCCGCUGAGUCAAUGCACUUUCCUUUUAAAGUUGCUAUAUGUAUGUUUUCUCUGCUGCUUAACAUGGUUUGUUGCCAGGAGCGGGUGGUGGUGGUAGUGGAGAUGGUCACUU